GCCACCGUUAUCAGUUUCGCUCCGAUCGUCGAACGGUUACGAUGCAUCCGGCAGUUGCUCUUCUGAUCGCCGUCCUCGCGGCGUUCCGAGUGACUCAGUGUACUCCAACAACGGCUAGGUCCAAGGUCGCGCUCAGUUGCGUCAUUCCCAAUGAAGUUCAGUCAGGCAUUUGUGUGCCUUCCGGGGAUUGUCCAGCGUUUCAGCGAAUCAACGACAUCGAUGGGUUAAACUCGGUUGGUCGGAUCAGUUUUAUAAGGGAGCUGUACUGCGAUAUCGACGCGGAACAGUAUGGCGUUUGCUGUCCCCGGAACAGUGUCGUGAGUUAUCGACACCCAACGCUGAAUGAGACGCUGCCAAAACGGGAUCGCAACAUGUUUGGCACCAGAUUCGGUGAAAACGAUGAGUUCCAGUGCGGCGAGUCCAACACGAUCAACAAGGUCAAGGGAGGAAUUAUCGCCGCUAUCGAUGAAUUCCCGUGGAUGGCCAUGCUACUGUACGGCACCUCGAGUGCUCCAGGCUGUGGAGGUGCUCUGAUCAGCAGCUCGUUCGUCAUAACAGCAGCGCACUGCUUGGUCGGUAAGAACGUUCAGGAUAGGGGAAACCUUAAAUUUGUCCGCCUUGGCGAAUACGACAUCAACCGUGAUCCAGACUGCAUGGUGGACGGAAACUACGAGGAUUGUACCGACGGUAAGCAGGACGUCAAGCCAAAGCGCAUUAUAGCUCAUCCGGAGUACUCUUCAAGUGAAAUCAGUCAGCACCACGACCUGGGCUUGAUUCAACUCGAGCGGUCCGUCUCGUUCAAUGACUUUAUCCGGCACAUCUGCCUUCCACCGAUGGCGGAACCGAUGCUGACCUCGCCUGGAACCAAGUACAAUGUGUGCGGCUGGGGCAGGACCAACUUCUUCCGGGGCGGGCUCGGCGAAGACGCGUUGAGUCCGAUCAAGCUAAAGACGACACUGCCGCACUUUGAUCACCACGAGUGUCGGGAGAUCUACCGGGCGCAGAAGUUGAGCCUGGGAAGUGGACAACUGUGCGCCGGAGGGCGGAAGGCUGACACGUGCGCUGGGGAUAGUGGCUCGCCGCUGAUGUUUUUUGACCGGAAGGCGGGAACGUGGCUGUUGACUGGAGUUGUUAGCAUGGGCGUUCAGAGCUGCGGUACGGAGGGCAAGCCCGGGAUCUACACCAAUGUGGCGCAGUACGCGACCUGGAUCAAGAAGACGGCGAAUGUUUAAUUUGCCUUUGAAUAACACAAACAGGAGACAUAAUCAAAUGAAUCUAUUUAUACCAACAAACAUAAUCACAUUACAAAAAGUGAUACACUUUAAUCUUCUCUCAAUAAACUUUUUUUUCGUAGAUCA